AUGGCAUACACUGGCAUUGCUGCUACAUUGCUGCCAAAUGGAAAAACAGUUCAUAAAACUUUUGGUUUACCAGUGCCGAUGUUCCAUGAUUUGUCGUCAAAUAUUAAAAUACAAUCUAAGGAAGGUAUACUGUUGAAAAAUACUAAAGUAUUUAUUUGGGACGAAGCACCUAUGGCACCUCGAUAUGCUUUAGAAAUCGUUAAUAGAACAUUGAAAUAUAUCAUGAACAAUGAUUUACCAUUUGGAGGAAAAAUAAUCAUUUUAGGAGGCGAUUUUAGACAACUUCUUCCAAUUAAAGUUAAUGGAACGCGCAACGAAAUAUUAAAUUUAUCUAUAAAAAACUCUCAUUUGUGGUCUCUAUUCUCAAUCUAUCAAUUGAAAACGAACAUGAGAGUCUUACCUAAUGAAAUAGAAUUUGUUAGAUAUUUGUUGCAUGUAGGUAAUGGAACAUUAAAUGAUCAAGAUAAUAAUAUACAGCUACCAAAUCACUGUAUAUUACCUUACGAUCAAUGUAUUGUUCAAAAUAUUUUUGGACAGUUAAUCAAAGAUAAAAAAUUUAAUGAAAUUAGCAAUUGUGCAAUUUUAUCUGCAAGAAAUGUUGAUGUUGAUAACAUGAAUGAUAGAAUUACAAAUUUAUUUGACAAAAACAUGGAACGCAUUUACACUGGGAUCGAUAGUAUAGAAAAUUGUGAUGUUGGUGAAAUGGAAGAUAUCCUUUUACCAGAAUAUCUCAAUACUUUGAAUCCACCUAACUUUCCUCCUCACAAAUUGCGUUUAAGAAAAUAUUGUAUAGUCAUGUUAGUCCGAAAUAUAAGUCUUAGUGAAGGAUUAUGUAAUGGAACACGACUACAAAUUAUUGAUUUCUCAAAUCAUUUAUUAAAAUGUAAAAUAUUAACAGGAGACAAAAGCAAUAACGUUGUAUUUCUCAAUAGAAUCACUUUGUAUUAUGAAAAUCAAUAUCCAUUUACUUUCAAAAGACGACAAUUUCCAAUUCGAUUAGCUUUUGCUAUAACGAUCAACAAAUCUCAAGGACAAACUUUACAAAAAAUUAGUAUUGAUCUUAGAAGAGAUGAUUUUAAUCAUGGUCAGCUUUACGUUGCUAUGUCCAGAGUUAGAUCAUGGGAUUCAUUGAAAAUUUAUUUAGGAAAUCAAAGACAAAAUACUUUAGUGAAAAACUACGUAUACACUGAAUUAUAUAAAUAA